UAUUUUUCUGCCAGAAAUCAGGCAACCCUGAGCGUUUUACCAAAACCGCCCAGAAAUAGACAACCCGCCUAGCAUCAUUCUCUCACCCCAAAAAGCUGAUUGAAAAAUCGCGCAGUUGGGCAGCACUGGUACCAACAAGCAAAAGGCACGCAAAGAUUAAACUGCACAGUUUGACUUCUCUCAGCCACCGUCCUGUGUAAAUAAUGUGUUGGACCUAGCAACUGUAAACGUUUGCCUGGGUACUACUAGCAACCAAAGUAACGAUCUAUCACAGAGGAUAAAGAAAAAUCUUCCAAAAGCAGUAGGUCAACAAUAAGACUGGAAGCAAUGGGCACAUGACCGACUACCCUGGGGCUACAAGUACGGUUUGACAAGUUACCAAAUCAGCUGCAUGAAUGAGCAAUGGCUGCAUUUGAGCAAAGCACAACCCGGAGCCCCUUGCAAAGGUGUCCCACUAGCCUUAAGAAAACUGAUAGGCUGGAUUCCCCAAAAAUGGGGGCAAGCCAAGCAGACUCUUACAUCCGGACUCCUUUAACAAACACUCCUAAUUCCUCAGACUCUUCCCUGAUCUUCCCAAAUGUCUUGCCUUCCCUUGAAUCAAGAGUUACCCCGGCUCACCCUAAACUUACCCCUGCCUACCUGUCAGAACCCCGCCUGGGAAGGCCCCUCUCACUCUGUGAACAUGCCCCUUUCCCUGCACUAGUAUCCAUGGCAGAGGUGUCCCAUUCAGUGGGGGCAGUGGGUCCACAGCUGGCCCGCAGGGAUGCAGUGUGGAGGGAGGGACUGGGGCUGAUGGCAGCCACACUCGGAGUUGACAUUCCCAUCCAAACAGUGCCAGCAGAUAUUCAGAAAUCAGAGAGAAUUUCUAAGGAGACACCAAACCUGAUCAGGCUGCCCGAUAAAAGGGCUUCUGGGAAAAGUGAAAAGUCACAACCUGUGGGAAUGACUGGCAGUGAGGUAUCCGAAUUGUUGGUGAAGAACAGACGCUUGGGAAAGGUGCAGUUUGUUCAUCUGAACGUCAAAGAGAAAUGUGCCUACAGGCCCUAUGACCUGCAAGUGGCACCGGAGAGCCAGGUGGACCCUGAGCACUACAUAUUCUCUCCCUUCUCUGUGUUGCAUGUGCAGCCCGAUCACAGCUCAGAGCUUAUCACCUUGGGGGAGUGGCACAGGGAUUCUGUGCUGUGGCAAGCACUACAGGAAAUUCCCUUCUUCAGGAAAUUUCUGUUGCGGAAAACUUUCAUAAAGUGGCACACAAAUGUACGCCAUCUCUGCUUGUUGAAGAGAUGUGAUUAUUUACAGAGACUUCACCUACUGGCUGUGCCUCAGUUUGGGGCAGCCCUGCUCCAGUUCUCCAGACUGAUUGAAGAGCUAAAGAGAGUCCACUGGCUGCCCCUGGAUGACUCACAGAGCUACACUCUUAUUCAGUUCCAGGGAGCCCUCUACAGGAAAAACCGUGAGGCCAGGGGCCUUCUUGAGAAAUUUCUUCAGUACCGCACUAUUAUAUUGAACAUGGUACAAGAUGACAGUUAUAAGGUAUUUCAGGACCUGCAGACCCAGCUUGAGAAGGCUAAGUCUGGCUUUGGGACACAGUCUAUCUCUCUACAGCACACCCAACAGAUAGAAAUAGAUAAGAGCUUACAGGAGGCAAAGAGCAUCCUGCAGAGGCUUGGGAACAUGGCCUCCUUAGCUGAUCACAUGAUUGUCCAGAACCUGGUUACUAUUGUACAGCGAGAGGUCACCAUCUUCAUCAAGAAGGUCAUGCAGGCAGGACAGCUGGACAGACGCAGCCUAUUCCAGGCUCAUUUUGUCUUCGACAGUGACAGUCAGCUCACACUGUUUCCAAGCGCUCAUCUAUUUGCAGACACCCUAUUAGGGGCUCUAAAGUCUGUGGCUGAUUCGGCUCUUCAGGUUUUUGACUGCUUCAGUAACACAUCAGACAACCAGGACACUGAAACAGAGAAUAAACCUGCAGGGAAUUGGAGCAGCCCUCGAUGGGACACAGGCUUCAAAGGUCUAGGAGACACAGGCAGUGAGCUGAGCGAUAUUAUGGUGCCCAAGUUUGUGUCUCACCUGCACUCCAAGUUUUCCAAAGAGCCCAGACUGGUAUUUUCCCAGCUGGGAGCAGUGAGGGUUAGUGGACAGCAGGUGAAGGGGCAGUACUACACUCUGUGCAGAGAGAAACUGGAAUGGCAUCUGCAUUUACAUGGUGGAGUCCAAGAGGCAGAGAGAGAACUGCAUGAGAUGACAGAGGCAGCACUAAGAGAAGUGCAAGAAUUCUGUGAGAGUCACUGCUGGCUGGCUGAAAUUCACCAGUUUAUAUGCCUGUGGAGCCCUGACAGUUUGGAUGCUAUGCAAGGCUGGAGGGCAAACCAGUACGAUGACCGUAUCAUGCAGAUCAAAGCCUGGACUGAGAAACUGAUGACUGUGGAGCAGAGUUUUACCACCAGUAACAAACUCUUCACUGUGGAUUGCUCAGUCCUGCAGGAGGAAAUAGUUCGUAUGCUGGACUCCAUUGACACAGACAUCUUAAGAUUUCUGACCUCUGGGGUGGAGCAGCGAGCAGAGAGCUGGAUAUUGGAGCUGAAGAGAGCAAUUGAGUCACUGAGCAUUACAACUUCAGACAUUGAGGCUUUCGGCCACUAUACAAACAUGGUGGAGCAUUACCAAAACAUGGCCGCAGACCUUCACCAGCAGCUUGAAUAUGUGCGUUCCCUUCAUGAGAGAAUUCGGAUGAAUUACAGACAGCUCAGUGGAGGAGAAGAAGCGAUGGAGGAGCAGAUGUUGGACUUGUGGGACAGUUUUGUGCCCCUUCUGCGGGUGGCAGCAGAGACUGUCAGCUCACAGCUCCCCUCAAUGGUGGCUUUUCUGGAUGCCACCUUCAACACUCUUUCCCAGGAACUACAGGAUGUGGUUUUCUUAGCAACCUCAGGGAAGUUCCUGGACACGUCUCAGAGUUCUGCAGGGAUGCUGGGGGAGCUGCGGGCGAUGAGUCGACAGUUCCACUCAUUGGCUGGGCAGCUAUAUGGACUGACCAGGACCAAGCAGAGUUUAAAAGGAAAGCCCCUUGAUGUGUCCUUCAUCCCAUCGGCAGGACGGAAGCUUGACACAAGGAAAGCCGUUUGGGAACUCCUCCACAUCUCCAAACAGAAGAUAAAUGAUUGGAAACAGCUCCCCUUUCACAAGUUCAAUGUGGCACAUGCCCUGGAGAAGGUUAACGAGGGGUUGUUGAUGGCAACGCAGCUAUCUCUGUCCCUCCCAGUGGACGAUGGCGUUCUCAGACAGACCAAGGAGCUCAUUGAGAGUUUCAGCCAAUAUCUUCCCCUACUGGGCAAGCUCAGCAGCCCAGUGUUCAAGCAAAAGCACUGGAGAAUCCUCUUCAGAGGUAUGGAGUUGGUGUAUGAGCCUGUAAUCAAUAUGUCAGUCUCAGACCUGCUCUCCAAAAACCUGCUAGAGCACCAGGACCUAAUCAUUAAGACCUGGCAGGAAGGGAAAGCAGAGUUUGACAUGGAGCAGGUCUUUAGGAAGUUACAGAGGAGAUGGGAAGGAGAGGAGUUCAGAUUGGCCAAUUUCAUCCUUACAGAGAUCCAUAAGGACUUGCCCCCUGACCGCUCCAAGCGACCCCCCAGUGGAAAAUUUCGGCAACCAGAGCAGGGGAGACGCUCACGGGACACUGGCACCUUCACAAUCAUUGGUUCAGAGGAUCUCCGGACUCUGAUUGAGGACUGUGUCAUGACGCUCUCUAUCAUGACGUCAUCCCCUUACAUCUCUGAGUUCAGGCAGGAAGUGGAAAACUGGGAGCAGCUACUUCAGCAAUUGGAGGAGCUACUGUAUCUGUGGGAAAAAUUCCAACUAAAAUGGGUUUUCCUGAACAGAGUGUUUUAUGAGAUGGAAGUCGGUGUUGAGAAGCCAGAACUGCUUUGCAGAUUCAAACUGGUUGAUGAGAGCUACAAGUCCUUGAUCGAGGAUAUCGCAUAUGACCCACUAGUAAUGUCAAUGGUGAAACCAAGGCUGGGCACAGAAACACGGGAACGGAUUCGGGGAGAACAAUUGCGAGAGGUCCUCAAAGAAGGACUGGGCACCUUGGAGGAAAUCUCAGACCAUCUUCGUUACCUCUUCGAUUCAUCCAGGGCUGAAUUUCCUCGGCUGUACUUCCUUAGUGAUGGAGAGCUGAUUCAGCUACUCUCUGCUCAUGUGAGUCCACCCUCACUACUGCCCCUGGUACGCAAGUGUUUCCCAAGCGUGCAGGAGCUGCAGCUUGGGUCCCAUACUAAGCGGCCCCAGAACAGGGCUCGUCUGGAGCUCUACAGUGUAAAGUUCUAUGUAAGUGGGGUGUGUGGGAGACUGGGAGAGAAGCUAACUUUUAAUACCUUACAGGGAUCUGUCAUCAAACCUGUGAACUGGCUGUGCGACCUGGAGCAAAAGAUAAGGGGGACUUUAUAUUGUCUCCUAAUUGAUUGCAUGUUGGAGAGACAGUCACCAAAAGAAGAGAAGGGGUUGGAAACCAAGAACAAGUUUGAAUCUAAUGAGCCAGAAAGAUUAAAAAAACUUUGGUGGGACCUGGCAGCCCGCUAUCCCUUGCAGAGCCUUCUAGUGUCAGAGGAGGUGCUCUGGUGCAAGGAAGUCAGAGAGUGCCUUUUCAGGAAGGCUCCUAUAAAUAAGAGUGGACUUAAAUCUAGGUAUGCUGCCAAACUUCAAGGAUUGAUCUGGAGCAUCCGGGAGCAUGCUGCAGGUUAUAAUGGGAAAGAGUCUUUCCGUGUCAUGUCAACACUUAGGGCUUUGGUCUUGCUAAACAUAAAGCACAAUGACAUCCUUUCCAGGCUAUCAGACCAGAAAAUUGAAUUGGAAUCAUCCUUUGAGUGGCAGAGGUUGGUAAGGUACUACAUGAGCUCAAAAAAUGUUUCAGACAGUUCAGACCCUGCAAUUUUCAGUUCCCAGGAACAAAGGUGCUAUAUGGAUGUUUUAGGUUUGUGUAUGCCCUAUGGCUAUGAGUAUGUGGGUCCUGAUGACGGGCUGUUUGUUAACACUCCCAACACUGAAAGAGCAGCAUUAGGCUUGCUAUUUGCCUUGAGCAGCUAUGGCUGCAGCUCACUAAUUGGGCCCAGCAGGACAGGCAAAAAUGAAACUGUUGCUCACCUGGGCAAAGCCUUUGGAAAGCAAGUGAUCACUGUGCAUUGCUCUAAGGAGACCAGUCCGAGCAUUGUUCUCCAAAUGUUAUGUGGUGCCAUACAGACUGGAGCCUGGUUGGUACUGGAUGCUGUGGAUUUGAUGACACAAGGAGCACUGGGAUGUCUUGGGCAACACCUCUUGGACAUCCGCCACUCCCUAGCUGCACUGCUGAAGUAUCAGCAGCACACAGAUAAAUUCCAGUCCAGUCUUAAGACACAAACAUCACUUGAAUCUGAACUCCAAAGAGACACUGGUGAAGAUUUCUUCUUGGCCUGCCCUUCUCCUAAUAUUUAUGGACUUUCUGUCAGUAGAACAGCUUCAGCUGAGAUCGUUCAAGUCAAGCCUUUUGAGCCCCCUACUUUAGGGGACAUUACUUUCAAUGGAAGACCAAUCUCUGCCAAACUUGGCUAUGGUUGUAUCCUGAUUAUGUCCGGAUUGACUAAGAUACCAGAAAACCUGCAGGCAGCCACUAGACCCAUCUCCCUGAUUCAGCCAGACUGUAGAACUAUUGCAGAGGUUUCUCUUGUAGCCCUUGGGUUCACUCAUGCUAAGCAACUGGCAAACAAACUGAUCUCUCUUUUUACUCUGGCUCAGGACACCGGCUGUCUGCCCCAUAGCAGUGGCAACUGGCUCCCAGUUCUUAAAAAAAUAAUAUUUUCAGCCAGGAGACAGUUUUACAAGGAGGAUCAGGUAGAGGGAAUUAUAAAACAUGGACUUGCUGAAACAAAAAAAAUUAAAUUGGACAAGCCAAUAAGAGAAAAAGAGUUGGAACAACAAAAAGUUACAUCUGUGAAGUCUUCAGAGAACCAGGAGCCAGGAAAGGAGAGUCACAAGAGCCCUAGUUCUUCUGCUGAUGGGUCUUUGAAGUCGGCAAAUGUGCUUCAGACCAUGGAAGAAGAACAAGCCAUUCUUAAGGCAAUUUUUUCUUUUUUGAUGUCAAGCAUGUCAGAGCCCUUGAAAUUAGCUCAGUUCUCUGAGCUGUUAAAAGAAAUCUUCCCAGCUUACAACUGUUGCUUCCCUCAAAUUCUCAGGGCAGAACAACAUGCUCAUUCUGCUUUGCUUGUUUCGGCAGUGAGCCAGGAACUCUGGGAAUCUGGACUGCACUCUGAUCAACGGGUCAUCAGGAAUAUCAUUGACCUCUACCAUGCACUGCAGUUAACAAGAGCAGUAAUCCUUAUAGGACCUGCAGGCAGUGGAAAGACAACCUCUUAUAGAUCAUUAGCAGGGGCUUUGAGAAGACUGGCAGGUAGGACAGAGGAGAUGGACUGCAAAGAGGAAGCUAGUAAUAAGAUGGACGGCUUGGUUAGUGGACAACCCACCUGGACUUCAGUGGAUACAGCUAUAAUUUUCCCCAGCAGUCUCUCUAUAGAGGAGUUUUUUGGAGUCUUCCAUUCACAAGGGUCAUGGUUGGACGGAGCAUUUACAAAAAUAUUGAAGGACUCAGAAAAAAGGGAUUCUGUCACAAAAGAUCUGAAACAAAAACCCAGGGUUUCCAAAGAGAAAUGGGUGGUGUUGGAUGGAGAGUCACUGGCAGAGGCGUGGCUGGAUCCGAUCAGCACUUUGUUGGACACUGAGAACCCGUUCCUCAGCCUUCCCAGUGGAGAGCAAGUGAGGCCGUCUAGAGAAAGACUAAAGAUUGUAUUGGAGGUUACGGAGCUGGAUGGGGCCUCCCCAUCUGUGAUAACGCAAUGUGGAUUAGUGUACCACACUGAAAAGGAUGUGUGGAGGACAAUAUGGAAGGCAGCAGUGGAGGCCCUCACCCAGGAGUACAAUUUGGAUCAACGGACAAAGAGCCUAUGGAGCACACUUGCAGAUGAUCUGUUUGCACCUACACUGGCCUUCCUGAGGUGCAGUAGCUGUUCUCCAGUGCUGAUCGAGGGGACUGCGGCUAAACAGGACAAGACAGUGGCAUAUGGCGUGCAGGAAGUGACCUCAUUCAGCAGAAUCCUCCAAGCCUUCUUAGAACAGUGUAACUCAGAGAAGGGAAAGGGAAAAAGAUUACGACUCGGACACAUAGCCAUCAAAGGGAAUGAAGCACAGUCACUUUACGCCGAUGACUCUAGUACCCAUUCCUCCCAGCAUCUACUGGCCAUAAACAUGUUUGUGGUCUCAUAUAUCUGGGGAUUUGGAGGGCACCUGCACCCCAGGUGCUGGGUGCAGUUUGACACAUUUGCCAGAGAUAUACUGUUGGGAAGCCGUUACAGCAUUAAGGUGCCAUCUGUUGGAACUGUCUAUGAUUACUUCAUUAAUCCAGCAGAGGGAAUCCUUGAAAAGUUGAACGAGUCCUUUCUGAAGGAAAGAAUGAAACCACUUCCACCAGGCUACACAGCUGUUUCUGAGUAUGCGAGAUAUGUCUACUUGAUAGAUGUACUGCUGCACUCUGGACAGCCAGCCAUGUUAGUUGGAGAAUCAGGGGUCGGAAAAACCACCCUCUGCCAGGCCCUACUCCGGCGUCAUCGAUCACACCUCCGCCUUCCCGUCAGCCCCUGCCUUGGGGCAGUUUAUCUGCGCAGUGUGCUGGAAAGCAGAGGGUGCUCAAACCCCAAGCCCUCCCCAGCUUAUGCCUCCCACUAUGGGACCAAGAACCCAAGCCUACAACUUUUUAUCGAUGAUAUCCAUGCAGCUUCCUGUGAUGUAGUUUCAAAAGUGCCCCCUGUGCUGGAGACCUUGCGGCAGUGUAUGACUAUGGGUGGGGUUUCUAGUCCUGAUGGUCUUCACUUCAGGCUGUUUAACUCUGGAGCUCUCAAUUACCUGGUUACCUGUGCAACACCCGUACAGGACAUUGACAGAAGCUGCAUUUCUUCUCGCCUCUCCCGACUCUUUUCUGUGCUAGCAUUGCCGUGUCCGACUAAUGAACUACUAGUAUCUAUAUAUUCUCCCAGGAUACAGCUUUGGCUUAAGGACUUCCCAGCGAUUGCUAAAUUCCAUGUGUCAGAAUUAGGCAUCUGCAUCAUUGAAGCAACCUUUGACCUCUACACUGCAGUCAAAGAGCGCUUCCGGUCGUCUACAGACAAGCCCUACCUUCUGUUCUUCUUCAAUGAUCUUGAGAAGGUGUUCAAUGGCAUGUUCCUGAUGACACCUCGUGCUACACAGCCAUUUAGUGUCAAUUUUAACCCCACUAUACAAGUACACAACUCCACAAUAACUGCUUUCACUAUUGUUCGUCUAUGGAUACAUGAAUCAUUUCGCACCUUUGGAGACCGUCUCUCAAAGGAGCAUGAAAUGGGGCUUCUAGCCUCUCUGUUGGCAAAUGUUUCGCAAAAGUAUUUCUGCUGCAAGGGUGUUGUUUCUCUGACUGCAGAACAGCAGCAAAGGCCUACUAGGCCCAAAGAGCAUCAGCCUAGCACCCCUCAACCCAAGGAGACAACCAGUGAAAGAUCUGGGGAACCUGCUAAGGGCCAGCUGCCACUGCCAGAACAAGAAGAGCCAUCUUCCCAAGAACAUUACCCAGAUUCUGGGUCAUUACCCAGAUUCUGGGAAAAUGCCCUUGAAGAAGCCUCAACAAUCGAGAGACCCACAGCAUCAUCACAGAGGAUAGGGGAUGUAGAGGUUGAUGAUUCAUCAGACGAACGAAGCAACCCAAGUCUGGAGAAUCCCAAGGAGCCUGAGGAAUGCACAUGGGAGAAAGGGAAUGAAGGGGAAAUUAGGAAGAACUUCUCCACAAGGGCUUUAGAAGAUCAUAAAGAGCAGAAACAUGGAAGGGAUAAAGACUGUGAGAACUGUGAUUCCUCAGAGCUGAAAGAACCAAUAAUGGCAGCUGAAAGCUCAAGAAGAGGUUCAGUGGUGUCAGAGAGUGUUCCAACACCAUUGCUGCUUCUACAGCCUUUUCGUCCUAAACAGGAGAAGCCACAUGGGACAGAUUCCUUAUAUGGGAAAACUUCACCUGCACUAUCUAGGAGAGGUAAAAAGGGAAAACAGUUUAAGUCAGGUGUUGUCCCUCAGGUGCAGAGCCAGGGACCCAAGGGUCCUUUUGUCCCUCUGCAUUUGCUUCAGGGUAUUGAAACCACAUUACAAGGUAUCAUAUUUAGCACAGAUUUUUAUAACUGUCCUGUUCAGCAGAACCUAGGCAGCCUAAAAAAGAGCCUAUACCAGGAGAAAGAUCUGGAUGCCUUUGCCAAGCAGCUCUCUGCUGCAAUCCAGUGUCGACAGGAAGAGGGAGCUAAGGGUUCUGUUGUUAUGCCCAUACCUGAGUUUGCCAUUUUCAGGGAAGGAGUGUGCCAGCUGGCCCAUAUCUACAGGGCAUUGCUUCUACCUGGAGGUCAUGCUGCCCUGUUUGGGCUGAACCAUGCUACAGGACGACAAACUGUAGCACGAAUGGCUGUCCAUCUCACCAGCUCACAACUGUUCGAGGUUAAACCUGGUGGCAUCUUGGAGGAGAGAUCAGAGGUCAGGAAUGUGCUGAAGGAAGCCAGCUUCAACACAGGGAUCCUUGGAGAAAGUGCAGUUAUUCUGGUGCAUGAGGGGAUAGGUGGGCCAGCCAUAGAUGACCUGCUGGCUGUGAUGGCAGAAGGUACCUUUCCAGGGCUCUACACCAAACAUGAGCUGAGUGACGUGGUACAAAAACUCACAGCAGCAACCAGGAAUACAAGGAGGGAACUUAAACCGGAGCAGGUGCUAGAAAGGUAUUACAGACAAGUGCAAAGGAAUCUGCAUGUGCUGCUGCUGCUGUCAGUGAACCAGGAAAGGGGAGAGAAUGACUGGUCCCAAAAGACAGCACAGCCUUCUCCUUCUUCCAUGGCCAAACUGCUAAAGCUGUGCUGCUCUGUGGAGAUUUACCAGUCCUGGUCAAUUGAGUCUCUCACAGAGGUGGCUACCUCCCGUCUACUGGGAAAUAUUCUCCCACCUGGGCAGGAGAGCAAAGAGAUGUGUUCACUGACUGAUAUCACAAGAACGAUGGCCUGCAUCCACCAAUCAUCUUUGAGAUAUGCUGCCCACCUUACCCCGAAGCUGUCUUUCUUUAGCCUCCAGACGUUCCUUGACUUCACUGACAGAUUCCACACAGUCUCUGCACAGCUGUCACAAAACAGGGACAGGGCACAAAGGUUGAGAGCAGCGCUAGCCAAACUGAAUGAGUCCAUUUUUACUGCUGAGAAAUACAGAGCGGUCGUGGAGUCCUUGAGACAACAGGUCGCUGUGGCUUUACAGCUGCAAGAACAGUAUCAGCAAGAGAUGGCGUCUGAGAAGGCCAAUUACAGGCAAGCAAGACUGCGUUCUCUUCAAGUAGAGAAUAUCUUAUCCCGGCUCUCUGAGCAGUUGGAGCAGAUUCAGGCAGAGACUACAGUGGCUGUCAAUGAGGUCAGUCCAAUGUACCAGGCUGCACUGAAUGCCCUACAGUCCUUAAAAGUGCAGCAUUUGGAGGAGAUCCGGUCUUACCGCGUUCCACCUGAAAAGGUCUGCCUUGUGACAGAUGCGCUGUGUUUGAUGUUUGGAAAACCCAUGAACUGGGAGAGUGCAAAGCAGCUGAUUGGACAGAACAAUUUCUUCCAGAAUCUGGAAUUCUAUGACAAGUGCAGCAUUCCAAAUGCUCUUUUAGAAGCACUGGGAAAGUUUAUAAACAAUCCUGAAUUCAAGCCGGAAGUGAUUCGGGACAUAAGUCAGCCUGCCGAGGCGCUCUGUCUCUGGGUCUGUGCGGUGUACCAGUAUGGCUGCCUGUUGCGCCAACAGGCCCUAGAGCUUGCCCGUCUACAUAAGACUGAGAAACUGAUAGCAGAGACCAGGGCAAAGCUGAACAAGGAAAGGAUGCUGGAGGAGACAGCAAGGGAGAGUUUUGAGGAGGCAGGUAGACUGCUCGACAAAGUAUCCCAGCAUCUCAAGGAGCUAACUCAAAAACAACAGCAAGCUGAGAUCAGAGAGCAGGAUGUUCAGCAUGCUGCCCAAUUGGUGAAGGGGUACAUCACAGACUGGAUGGCCAAGGCAGAGGAAGCUGAACAACACCUUUACACAGUCCAGGGGGAUGCUCUGCUCCUGGCCGCUGCUGCAUCCUAUCUGGGCCCUUUCAAGCCAAGUGUCCGGAAGGAGCUUUUGUGGAAGUGGAAGAAGCUUUGUAGAAGAGGGGAGAUCAACCUAAACCCUGAGGAUCCCCGACAAGAGAUAUUCAACCUAGCAGUGCCCCCUAUGAUUGAUGUUCCUGCUGCUGCCUCCAUCAUCCCAGUGAGAGAGGAAAUCCCCCUAUCCAAGAUCGGGGGGAGAGACAAUGUUCCUCAAGACCUCUCUGACAGGCUCAUCGUACAGCUACUUCUCAGGAGCUCCACCCACCUCAACGUGCGACAGUGGCCUCUGCUUGUCAACUCUGACCUGCAAGGGGAAUGCUGUAUAGAGGCAGCUUUGGAAGGAUACAAACUACACCUAAAGACAGACCUUGUGCUGACAGGUGAGGGACAGAACCUUCUGCAGCAGACCCCCAGUCCCGUGCAAGAGAGAUUCCCAGAAACACUGCUGGUGGUCACUGCUGAUGAUCCAACCCUGGAUCAGAAACUACUUCAAGGAGCUUACCAAGGACAGGCAGUGCUUGUGACCAGCAUCGAGAGAGGGGCACACUCCCUUGUGCUACAGGAGUUGAUUCAAAGACAAGCAUGUCCAGGCUACAUUAGAGAGGCUUGUAAUGUCCAUCCAGCUUUCUGCCUAUACUUAAGCACUGCACUUCCAAUGAGGGUCCUUGCAGAAGAAUUGGAUUCCGCCUUCUUGAAGAUGGUGAAUGUGAUUGACAUCAGUUUAAGUCAAUCAGGAUUAGAAGAGCUCAUCUUUAAAGAGGUAGUAUUGUCAGAGUGUCCAGAGAUCUGGGAGAAGAGGAGGACAAUACAGAGAGACAUAAUGCAGCAACAGGACAGUCUGCAGCAGGCAGAGGACUCCCUGAUGGAUUACAUAAUUCAGUCCUCCACGCCCCUCGUGAAGGACCCUAACUUUGUUCUUCAUGUAAAAGACUGCAAGAAAAGGGUGGAGGCCCUGCACAUGGACCUGCAAGAGCUAUCAGCGGAGAUGCAACAGCACACAAUUCUCCUGAAGGAAUAUGAGAGAGUGGCAAAGCUGGGGGUUGCCCUGCGACAAGCCUUGCAGGAGGUGUCCAAGCUCUCACCUCUUUACCUCUUCCCUCUGAAGCCCUUUGUGGAUACAGUGAAGGGGGCAAUGGUCCAAGGUGAGGUGAAGACAGAGCGCAGGGUUUGGGGAGAGUCCAUUAUGGCCAGAUUGACAGAGAUCACCCACAGGAUAGUAGCUCAGGUUCUGGACAGCUACCGACCAUGUCUAUUCCAGAGCCACGCAAGCCUCUUCCAGUUGUUAGUCUCAGUGGCACUGAUAAUGCACAAUGGGGAGUGCACUAUUGUGGAGUGGCAGGUUUUUUUAAAAGGGCUGAAGGACAUAGCCAAUUCCCCAAACCUCCCUUCUCUUCCUCAAUGGCCCUGCUGGUUAAGUGAAAAUGCUUGGAGGGAAAUUGCCCUUCUGGAACAUCUGCCUGCCUUCAAGGAUAUUGGGUCCUCUCUACUUUGCAAUGCCAGCCAAUGGCAGGAGUACUUCAAGCUUCCCUCUUCCACUGUGAUAGGAUCAGUCCCUUGCCCGUCACACGCCCAUCUCUCUGCCCUCCAGAGGGCAUUGCUAUGGAAGACGCUGUGUCCUGAUAGAUUUGUGACUGUCGCUGAUGACUUAGCUGCCUGCCAGCUGGGCAAAGCUAUGGCAGUUGAAGAAUCUGGGUGCAUGGAUGUAUCUACUAGGAUCCUGAGCCAGGCUGCGGUGCCAGUUGUGUUUAUAAUGCCAGGCCAGGGACAGAUGGGCCCGUCCACACACCCUCUGUACUUGGUUAAGCAGAUGGCAAGGGCGAGUGGCAAUAAGGUGAGUAUCAGAGUGAUUUCGUUUGGUGCCCAAAUCACUAGAGAGAUGCUCCUGCAGACGCUAGAGACAAGUAGCAGGGAUGGGCAUUGGCUGGUGUUGGAUAACUGUCACCUGUUGGACCACUGGGACAGUGAAGUGAUCCGUGAGCUGACUCAUCUGGUGUGCCAUUCAUCUCAAGGCAAUCGGAAAGGAGUCUGGGAUGCUGCAAUAAAUAGCACUCCAGUAGCCUCCGAGUCUGGUGGAAGACAGGUCCACCCCCAGUUUAGACUGUGGCUCAUCACGUGUGCUGACACCCCACAUGCAAUCCCAGUGGUUUUGAAAGUGUGUGCCAUGAAGGUGGCCUGCGACUCUCCUUGGGACCUGAGAGAGACACUCCACACCACACUGAGACAGGCUGUUGGGCACCUCUCCUCUCCUACAAGUCAUGUAAUCCGCUGUGUUGCACUCCACUCUGUAUUGUUGCAGAGACAAAGUUACAGGGAGCGAGGACAGGGACGUGUCUACAGCUGGACCCAGGAAGACCUGUUUGCUCUGCUUGAUGCCCAAGAGAGAAUUAAAGGGUUGUGUGACAAUACAGGAAAGGCACUGGAGUACAUAGCAGGCUCUCUGGUGUACGGUGGACACGUAGAGGACAAUGGAGACCUGGAAGCCCUGCAAGCAGUGGCCAGCACCUGCCUAAGACUCCCAGCCCCUUUGUGGAGGAGUGGGCCCCAUGUCCUCACAGACAUCAUUGGAGGCAGUGGGCACUAUGGUAUCUCACCUGUUGGUUCUGUUCUGAGGAAUGUGGAGCACAGGAUCCAGCAGCUCCCCUCUCCUGUUGACCCAGUGUGUCUGGGAUUCAGCACAGGGCUGGCAGGGGUUCUCAUCAGUGAAAGGAGCAGGACCCUUCACCAGCUUUUGCUGGCAACACAGACCCCCAAUGUUCAAGUCAGCAAAUCAGUAACUCCUGACCUUGGAAACUGUGAGGAGAAACUGCAGGUGCUGCGAGAGGCACUGAGCUGGAGAGAAGGCAGAAGGGAUAGAGAGGAAGGGGGUCCAAUGCAUGAGUUCUUAGAGCAGGAGUGGAAAGGAUUGAGCACUCUGAUAUCCUCCCUCCUGACAGACCUGACCAGAUCAAGGAGCAACAGCAACAUCACCAAUAACAAAGACCCAUCUCAGCCCCCCCUGUGGUUGCUGUGCCAGCUGGAGUCCCGUCUGGAGCUGCUGAGGUUGUACUUGUUUGGUGUGUCACCCACUGUAGUCUACAAUUUAUCUGCCUUUGAGAACCCCAGGAGAUUCCUGGUGGCCUUGCUGCAGGAGAGCGCACUAGCCGAGCAGAGAGACCUCAGUGAAUACAGAUUGCAUUACCAGGUCCUGAGAACCAGCACCACCCCUUCUUCUCCCCCUCAAACUGGCGCCUAUCUGACAGGCAUGGAGCUGCACAACGCAUUGUGGGAUACACGACUAGGGGCUAUCCAGGAGACACUUUCAUCCCAGCCCUGCCAUCUGCCAAUUGUGUGGGUCACAGCCAAAGCAGAUGGUCCAAAGAUGAUACAUGGUUCAUCCAUGUUCCCACUCUACCUCUGUCCUGUCUACCUGGGAACAGCCAAAGAAAAAAUCAGUUUGAGGGACAGCAACAUCAUUACUUACAUUCCCCUGGUGGCAAAACUUGAUCCUGUGCUGUGUAAACUGAGGCGAGUGUGUGUCAUCAGUGUGAUGUGAUCAGUAAUGUAAAAACUAUUCAAAUAAAUUCUUAUGUGUUAUGAAAAAUGUAAACCUGAAACUACAGUCAAAUUCAUAAAGGAUAUACAGGUCUGUUUUUGUGGAGAUCAUAAAGGGACUUUUGGUUCAGAAACAAUCUGCACAAGCUAUUAAGAUAAACAAUGUGUGUAAUGGUUUAAUUCUUUCACUCUUAGCUACACAUUUCUCCUAAACAAGCUCAAGAUCGCAAUAAAAUGCAGUACAAAAUUAGGAAAGGACAAUAUAAAGAUAGCAUAAAUCAGCACAUUAAUCUCAGUAAGCAAUAAUGGUCAGUCAAUAUCUUAGUGUAAAUGUCAAUUACCUGUGAAAGCAAUACAUUAAGGGAUAGGACCAGUGCAAACAAUUGAAGCUGCAAAAUCCAAACUGUCUAGUGGCCAGGUAAUUAUUUUGCACUGAGACCUAUGUAAGCUUAAGAGCAAUGCAAAUUACUCAAUAUGGACACAUAAUCUGCUGCUAUCAUGAUAAUGAGGGUUGCAAUGAGCGCCGCCUGUGCAUCGGGGUAUUUAGCGGCCGCACUUAAAGAUCAGAGGUGAAGUGAAUUAGGAGUGCAGAGAGCAGUAGGCGCUGUAUGAGAUUUGUGGAGCAGGAAAAUCAAAGCAAACAAAAAAAAUUGUCACAGGAAGGGCAGCAAAGUCCUCUUGGUGCAUGGAAAAGUUUUCUGAGGAGGAGCAGAGAGUCCUUACAGCUGAGGUCACUCAGCAUGAAAUUGAGUUAUUUGGAAAAGCCUCAGCCAACAUCAACUACGCUACCACAGAGGCCACAUGAUCCUCUAUAGUGGAGAGUCAAUGCUGUCGGUGUUACCAGGAGGACAGUCCACCAGGUGAUGAAAAGGUAAAAUUCAGCUAUUAGGGCUAGGAUGACCUGCGGAGUGAGAUAACACCUUACCACCGCAUCCCAAACAAAGUGACCCUGGGUUUGGAUAUGCGGGGUCUCCUCCGUCUUGCCCUUCUCCUCCAAAGGUUUUCCUGCCUGUCCUCAACAACAGCCAAGCAUCACCGCAUAAGGAAGUGUACCACAGCAGCCAUCCUGAGACCAAUGACAGGUUGUGCUUUUAUACAGCUCUAAAUUAGCGCUUCAUUUGAAUACAGUUCAAUACAAUUUAAAUUGAUUAAUGAUGGCAAAGUGCGAAUUUGACAGCGGGUGCAGAACACCAGCUGAAAACCAUUCUUUACGUACACCGCAUUUUUAGUGGCUGCUAAAGUCCCACUUUUAUGGCAGCUAAACAUGGUUUGCACGUGCAAAAUGCAGAUUUUGCCUGCAAUAUGGGUGGUUUAUUAUUAUUAUUUGUUUAUUUAGCAGACGCCUUUAUCCAAGGCGACUUACAGAGACUAGGGUGUGUGAACUAUGCAUCAGCUGCAGAGUCACUUACAACUACGUCUCACCUGAAAGACGGAGCACAAAGAGGUUAAGUGACUUGCCCCAGGGUCACACAAUGAGUCAGUGGCUGAGGUGGGAUUUGAACCGGGGACCUCCUGGUUAAGCUCAUUUCUUUAACCUCUAGACCACGCAGCCGCAGAUCAGUUUCCUCUUAUCCAUAUAGUCAGUAGACAAUAAAUAGAAAAUUCCGUGAAUUCUAAUUAAUAGGAUAUUACAAAACCAUACUUAAUUUGUUAUCAAUCUGUUAAAAAAAAAUAUAUAUAUAUAUUAUAUCUAUAUCCUUUAAUUAGAAUCACGUCAAAUAUUCACCCAUUCAUUUGCUCUUUAAGAAAAAUCCAGCACCCUUUAUACAACUCAACAGCUUCCUGUAUGUAUUCUUUUCUGUUUAGUUUUUAAUUUACUCACCAGUGUUAAAACGACCUUUUGUAAGAAAACUAAAUAGAACACACACCCUUUUACAUCAUUCAACUUUUCUGCAAACAGUUGUCCCGCCCCCCUUUAUAACGCAUACCGCCAGCUAUUCUCUCUCAACAAAUGUCAUGUAUAUAAAAACAUUGCUAUUUGUACCCAUUAUACCGCCACCUGCCAACUUCCCAGGCCAAGCAAAUGUAAAUAUAAGCAUUGUCGUUUCCCUCAUUGUAGCACCAACAAAAACAACAAAGUUAUGUAGUUAACCUUUGACGCGCUUUGCUAAUUUGUUGUUAACUGAAUGUUCAUACCAACACUCCUGCUCCCAAAGCAAAACAGAAAGUGCAAAAUGGCGAGUUGACCCUACAUUUAACACCAGAGCAAAAGAAAAAAAAUCUGCAUGUAUGCAUCUGAAAAUAAGAAAGCAAGACACUGCAAAUGAUUUCUCACCUAAGUGAGGCAUAUACUGUCAAUCGAAGGACAAUUGGAGACAUUCUAAUGGAUAAAAACAAAUGGCUUACCUUGAUGGAAUGGGUUGAUUUGUUUAACCUGAAAAAGGCUUGAUGCAGUUUAAAAUAAGUGACUUACAAACCACAGUAAAUGUUGAAAUAAAUAAAUAAAAAGUAUGGUAAGAGGUUUGUUUACAAAUUAAGGCUGACUUAAACUAAAGCAUCAGUUUUGUAAACAGCAGAAUAUUUUUUAUUUAUUUUUUUACUUUUCAUUUAAAAAAAAAAAAGUGUUGCCUGUAUAUAUUCAAGUUUUUUUUUUUUUUUUUUUUUAACUGCUUAAAAAAAGAAUGCUGUUGAGCUUAAAUUGCAUUGUGAAAUAAAUAGCUGGCAUCUUUCAGUGGGGAUAGUAUUCAGCAGGCUUACAGUAGUGCCACAAACAGUAAGAUUCAAAUGACAGUACAGUUAUUAAAAAAAAAAAAAAAAAAAUUGAUUUGUUGUUUGGGUGAUUUGAAACUAAAUGUUUUGUUUUACUUUUUUUAAUUACUUUUUUUAAGUAUAAACUAUUCCUCAAAAGUAACCAUGUAUGUUUCAUAGAUAUCGGAAAAGAUGAUAACAUCCUGGAGAUACUGUAAUUGUAUAACUAAAAAAUUAAAACGUUUGAAUUUAUUGUAAACAUGAGUCAUGUGUGUGGUUGUUUUUUAAUGUUUUUUUUUGUUGUUGUUGUUGACCCUCGCCACCCUCGCUUAUUGCCCAUGGCCCUUACCUGGCGGUUUAAAGAGGGUUGGUUAACUGCUUACA